AUGGAUGAAGAUAUUGAUGCUACUUGGGAUAAAGACGGUGAACUUCUCGCCAAUUAUUGUUUGAAUAAAUGGCUAACUUUACCUGAAUAUCCUAUUAUGUAUGGAUAUUUUCAAUUUGUCUAUUUGAAUAAUCGAUCAAUCAAUGAAUUUAAAAUUAAUAUCGUACCUAACUUCAUAUGUUUUGAUGCACAAAAAUGUCCUGUAUUAUUAUCUAGAAUAGUUCCAAUAAAAAUAAUCGAUGGUCUUAUAUGUUGCCGACCUUUUGAUCUGAUUGCAGAAUAUCCGAGAAAAUAUUUUCGUAAGUUUGAUUCAGAGUUUAAGGAACUCUCUCAUGAAUGUUCAACUACUGGUAAUGAAACGUCAUGUGCAGAUUCAUCUUAUUUUCAUUGUUAUAAAUCUUUAAAAUGCAUUUCAUAUAAUCGUGUUGGCGAUGGAUUCAGUGAUUGUUAUCAUAAUGAAGAUGAAUUAUUUCCUACAUGUCAUCUGAAUAUCUCAAGUCGAUUUAAUUGUACAUCGGAUCCAACCAAGUGCUUGUUGUCUGUAGCGAUUGGUAAUGGAUUUUGGGAUUGUUCAGAAGGAGAGGAUGAGACCAAUAAGAAUAUAUAUGGUAUCCUGCCACAAAUACCGUUUUCACACAUAUGUGAUGGUUUUCCAAACGACAAUGUAAAUGAAACCGAUGAAACAAACUGUGAAUGGUGGCCAUGUCAUAAUCCAUACUCACAAUGUAAUGGAGCUUGGGAUUGUCUGAACGAUAUUGAACUUGCUUGGUACUGUCAUUAUGGUCUUCUCACUCUAUUCAAAGGUGUUAAUCAAACAAAAACAUGUCUUUGUCCACCAAAUUAUUUUGGUUCUCAAUGUCAAUGGCAGAGUCAACGUGUAAGUUUGACUUUACAGUUUCGAACACAAAGUACUAUUGUUCCUUCAAUUAUUUUUCAAUUUAUCAUAAUGCUCAUUGAUGAACAAGGAAACAUUGCACCCAAUUAUGAAGAAAUAACAUAUAUGCCUGCUCAUGAUUGUAAUAAAAAAUUUAAUAUCUAUCUACUUUAUCCACAUCGCCCUAAAUAUUCAUCAAGAAAUUAUUCUAUUCGUAUUGAUAUUUUUGACAAACUAACAUUGGAUUAUUGGACAAGUUGGUAUUUACCAAUUCCAUUUCAGUUUCUUCCUGUUAAUCGAAUAUCGACUCAGCUAAACAUUCCUGAAGUACGAGAAAAUAAACUAUGUACACUAUCAUGUGGAGAGCAUGGUCAAUGUAUGAGAUAUACAAAUAUGAACAAUUCAGUUUUCUGUCGAUGUGAUCAAAGAUAUUCUGGUACUUUCUGUAAUAUAACACAUCAAUGUCAAUGUUCAAAAGACUCAUUCUGUCUUGCUCCAUCUAUUUGUGUAUGUUCCUUGAAUAAGUUUGGCUCACGUUGUUAUUUGAAAAGAUCAAUAUGUCAAUCAAUGAACAAUCCAUGUCAACACAAUGGACUUUGUAUAGCAAUUGAUGUUCAUAUUAAUUUACAUGGAUUUAUCUGUAUUUGUAAAGAAGGCUAUCAAGAUGAACGUUGUCAAUAUAAAAGUAAUCAAAUUGAUAUUCGUAUAGAUGAGACAAUUUUAACAAUAAGUUCAUCAUUUAUUCUACAUUACAUAAUAGUAUUUGAUAAAUAUAAAAACUUUGAACGAAUGACUACACUAAAAAAGAUUGCUUUCGGUUACAAUACUAUGACUAUUUAUGUACGACAACCAUUUAACAUGAUUUUUAUACAAAUACCUGAUGGUGAUUAUUAUCUAAUUGUUUUAAGAGAAAAAUUUAUACCAUCAGAAUAUAUUUAUACUCAAGUAUUACUAAAGAAUCGUUGUUAUCAAGUUUUUCAUCUUUUUAAUAACACUUUUCGUCAGUUUGAACAUAUACGACAAGUAAAAUAUUAUCCACUUUUAUGUCGUCAAAAUCUAGAAUUGAUGUGCUUUUAUGAUGAAUAUUACAUGUGUAUAUGUGAUAGUGAUCGUUAUUCAAAUUGUUUUCAAUUUAACCGUACGAUAAAAAAUGAUUGUAGCGGAAAAAAUCUUUGUUAUAAUGAUGGUAGAUGUUUUCUCGACAAUGAAACCUGUCCAACAUCAUUUAUUUGUAUGUGUAAUGAUUGUUAUUAUGGAACACAAUGUCAAUUUUCAACAAAAGAUUUCAUUUUUUCACUCGAUCCAAUUCUUGGAUAUCAUAU